UGUUGGCCUCUUAACUCGGAUAAGCAAAAACCGGCAUUUUCGGUAUCUGUUGUCAUCAUGAAUAACAAUAAAUUACUCAGCUCAGACAAUAUAUUUACGGAUGACGAUAUACGUAAAGUUGUUAUGAACAGCUUAGCUUCUUCUCCUACUGUUUCAUCAAGUUCAUCGUCCUUUUCUACAUCAUCUUACAAACCUUCAGAUGCUUCAAUUUAUUCCUGUAUUUCAUAUCUUCGUUUUAAAAUUCCUUCAAAUUUACCAAAUGAUUACGUCGUGGAUAAAUUUAUGAAACUAAUGAAAGAGAAUGCACCAAAUGAGCGAAUUAAUUGGAGAAGUUUUCGACAAGCGGCAGACACGUGGAUUACUUCCGUCAAAUCAAAGUGUCCAAAUGAAUAUGACUUUGAAAUAAAUGUCAAUAAUGGAGAAACUGCAGAUAGUCCAGAUGAAGGGAUUACCAAUGAUGAUGAUGAUCCAGAUGUCUUCCAUAGAGAUUUCAAUGAUAGCGGGAAAUCUACAGAACUUGUUGAAUGUUCUAUUUUAAAUAAUUCAAGUAAAAUAACAACAGAGUGUAAUAAACUCGAUAAGUCAGUUAAAUUGAUAUAUGAAGCAGAUGUAGAAAAUACUGAAAUUGAGCUUCUACGUAAACGGAUUUAUCAGUUUGAAAAAGACAAUGCAUGGUUGCGUGAAGAAUUAAUGAAAUCUGAAGAGUCAGCAAAUAAUUAUAAACAAUUAUUUUAUUCAUUUCGUCAAAAGUAUGAUCGUCGUAAUGAAGAAUAUAGAUUAUUAGAACGAGAAAAUGACGAAAAAAAUGAGAUAAUUGAUAAUAUGAAAAAAGAUCAAAAACAUUUUCAAGUUGCGCAAGAAAAAUGGGAAAGGGAACGGAAGAGUCUGAUUAAGAAGAUUGAAACUGAUAAACAAAAUACUGAGACUUAUAUAAUUAAGUAUGAUAAAGCUGUAAAUGAUAAGGAAAAAUUUUCGAAACAAUUAAAUGUGUAUCGUCGUUCGUUGGAAGAAAAAGAAGAUUUUUGUAAUGUUCUCCAAAAAGAAUUGAAUCAAUUAAAACAAACUCUCAAAAAUUUGGAAGAUUAUUAUGAAAAAAUAUUCAGUGAGUUAAAAGAACAAAAUGAAGAAUUGAAAAGGAAAAAUUUCAAAUUAGAAUUGAAAUCAAAUGAUGGUAAUCCAAGUAGCGAACAGCUGCAUUCAAUACCAUCGGCAAUUAAUUUAGAUAUUUCUUUUGACCAUUCGCCAGAUGUUAAAUUUAAUAAUCCAGAUUCAGAUUCACUGUACGACGAAUUAAAAGCUUCAGGAUUUUUGCCGGAUGUUUCUUAUGAAAAUUCAAAAAUCCGAGAACUUGAAGAGGAAUUAGAUUGGCAAGAUGAAAAAGCUCGCAGUGCGGUAGACCAAAUCGAGUAUUUAAUAAAAUAUGUUACUGAAAAAAAAAAUAUAAAUAAUAAUAGAAAAUCAAACUUGGAAGCAAAAUAUAUUUUAAUUUUGCUAGACAAAAUUUCACAAUUAUCAGAAGUUGUAACAGAUGCAUUUCAAAAACAAUUCACUCAUGAUGUAAGUUGUCAAGUCUCAGAAGACCUAUGGGUGGAUAAAAAUUUACAAGAUCUUAAAAUUUUAACAUACAAAAAUUUAAUAAAGCCGAAUAAUUCAUCGAAUUUAAACAUUAAAGAGAAUCUGUUGUCAUCGUUAUCUUCUAAUAGUGUUGAGACAAAAAUAAAUCCAUAUACCACAGUCAAUUGUGAUAACAAUAAAAAGAAGAAUACUUACAACAACAAACUGCUUAUAAAUGAGACACGUAUUGUGAAAAAACCAUCGCAGAUUUCAACAACAAAACAACACUUGUUGCCAAAUAAAAAUACUGAAUGGAGUCCGAUUAUCUGUAACACGCCAAUAAUGAGUGAAAAAAACGCACCAAGAAGAAAAAUUUCCGUAUUUGCGCGAACAAGUGAUCUGGAUAAAAUAUUAGAAUCACAAUCGUCUAAUGAAAAUUUUACAAGUAGUACUCCUGUUCCCGAUCCAAUUCCAGAACUUAAUACUUAUCGCACAGCUCAAGAAUCUAGUAGCGAUUCAUCGGGUAAUUUAUCUCAACUACAAGCUUCGUUAGAGGAAAAUUCAAUUAAUGAUGGCGGUGAAUCUACUUCAGUAGCAAAUAAUCAAGUGAAAUUUAAUAUUGCGCCGGCAAAAUUUAAUUUUUCAUCUGCGAAAAUUACAAAGCAAUAUUUGGUGCCUAGUGAAAAUUUGGCGACGACUGAUAAUGAUUCAAGUCAAUUUAAUCUACUUGGCAUCGAUAAAAAAUUAAUAGAGAGUUCAACGCCGAUUUCCAAUGAUGAUCAGUACAGCAGUUCAGAUAAAGAGAAUACAUCAGUGCGGAAAGAAUUGAAGAACAUCACGUGGACGAUUGAAUCGGGUAGUAAUUCUGGAUCACAGAAGCAGUUUUAUAAUAAUCGUAAUAAAUGCGACAUUUAUGCAGUAACUGAAAAGGCCGCUAGCGAAUCAGCUGCAGUCACGCUUGCAAUGUCGAGUGGUGAGGAUAGCUCGGAUUCAUCAGACAGUGAUUCGGCUAUUACUUGUGAUAAUAAAGAUAAUAAUAAUGAUAAUGAUAAUAAUUCACCGACUAAUAUUAAAAAUGCUCAAUAUACACGUGACUCAUUGGAUGCAAAUCAAUCGUCGCACGUCGAUGAAUCCUUUCAAGUACUUUCAAAUCCAGUCAAAAUUAAUUUAUCAAAUGGAGCGAAAAAAAUUAAUGACAAAACAUUUACUUAUAAGCCAACUGCUAAGCGCGAGAUACUGCCAGUUAUGAAAAGAUCGAGGUCAGAGAGUGAAAACCUUGGAUGUGGUCACGAAAGUAAUCUCUAUAUUUGCGAUGUUGAAAAGCCUAAAUUAAAUGUCAACUAUCAGGAAUUUAAACUAACUGUUUUUCCGAGUCUCACGGAUUUUCGUUUACAAGAAUCAGGAAUUGCUCAUUUAUCCGAUACGGAUGACUUAGAAGAAAAAGAUUUAGUUGAAGGCGAAUUAGAGGAACUCGCGCCAUUGUGCUUUGACAGUGAGACAAUUGAUAGGAUAGAACGUGCAAGGAAUCAAAUAGAAAUAAUAGCACAGUGUGCACGGAAAGUGUCUUGUGCUGCUGAAACACUUGGAGCUAUUCAACAGGAAUACAGAAUUUCUCGGGCUAUUCAUCUUGCGGAUAGAUAUUUGAGGCUGCUGCGUAGUCGAUGUGAAAAACUUGACCGUGAUUUAACAGAAUCUAAGCGAAUCCUAGCAGAAAAUAAUAUUAUUGUUGACGAGAGCAAUGGGGAAAACGGUGAGGAAUUUACUGUAAUUCGUUACCGUGGAUUACCAACUUCUAAUCGUACAAUGAUAGCUAGAAGACGAGCGAGCAUAGCCACGAUCUUUCGACCUAUUGGAAUAGGCCAAGAUGUAACAAAGGAUGGAAUUAAGCAGCGUAAUUCAGUGACAGGCCGUGUGACAGUAAGGAGACCUUCACUGAGUGUUGAAGCUCAGAGUUGGCAAGUAGAAAAGUUAAUUCGCACUGAGAGUUCUAAUUCUGUUGGUGAACUUCAUGAGAUAUUCGAACACGCUGAAUCUCGUCGUGGUUCUAGAGAAGAAAACAAUAAUGUUUUGCCAGUUUUAAUUAAUAAUAAUAACAACAACAAUAAUAAUAAUAAAGGUAAUUUAGCCAUUUCUUCAGCCACGGAAUCAUGUCCUUUAAAUCAGGAAGAAGUAACUACCACAUCAACAAGCCAAGAAAUUCUUCAAAGUUCUAGAAGAGUUUCAAGAAUGAUAUUCGCAUCAGCAAACCAGCCCAUGACCUGGCGUACAUUAAUCUGGUGUAUAACGAUCUCAUUUUUAGUUGGUUUUUUUAUGAAAGACGUUGUAUCGUUAAGAACAUACGAUGGACCCCUUCGUUGGUCGUCAUUUCAAGAAUUUUUGGGGCGCCAUAAAAGAGUUAAAAAUACUGCAGCUUUGCCGCUUUGA